GCUAAAUUUACCAGCCUUAAUUCAUUUUUAUUUAAUCCUAACAUUUCGAACUGGAGAGACGUAUCUGUUAACGUUACGCAGAAACGGAAAACACUGAGAACACAGAAAAAGAAAUAUUUUUUUGCACAGAAAAUAUCUAAUAAAAACGGAAAAGCCAUAGCUUUUAAUUAAAAAUUAUUUAUUAAAAAUAUUAAAGAAAACAAAGAGAAAAAACGCGUAUAGCUGGCGUCGUACAGCGGCAGUUAAACCCCGGAGACAGACAGACACUUUCAAUACAAUUUUCACGUACAACAAGCCCAAAUAAAACAAAUGGAUUUCAUGAUGGCCAAUCCUGGAGCAGCAGUCGAUAAUCAAUCUGCCAUUUUGCCUGGUGCCAAUCCGGCAGCGGCAGCUGCGCAGCUGGCCGUAUCACCAGCCGCCGCAGCUGCUGCCCAACUGCAACAGCAGCAGGUUCAGCAGGCCAUAUUGCAGGUACAACAACAACAGACCCAACAAGCUGUGGCUGCAGCCGCCGCCGCUGUUGCCCAGCAAUUGCAAAAUCAAACCAACGGCACCAAUGGCAAUACAAAUGGCUCCAGUGAGACCCGCACCAAUUUGAUUGUCAACUAUUUGCCACAGACCAUGAGUGAGGACGAGAUACGUUCGCUGUUCUCGAGUGUGGGUGAAAUUGAAUCGGUGAAAUUGAUACGCGACAAAAGUCAACCCUUUUUGGAUCCCUUGAACCCCACAGCCACCAAGGGUCAAAGUUUGGGCUAUGGAUUUGUUAAUUAUGUACGGCCCCAAGAUGCUGAGCAGGCUGUCAAUGUUUUGAAUGGUUUGCGGCUGCAAAAUAAAACCAUAAAGGUGUCAUUUGCCCGACCCUCCUCGGAGGCUAUAAAGGGCGCCAACCUAUAUGUUUCCGGUCUGCCCAAGACCAUGACUCAACAAGAUUUGGAGGCAAUUUUUGCACCAUUUGGUCAAAUAAUUACUUCGAGGAUUUUGCAAAAUGCCGGUAAUGAUACCCAAACCAAGGGUGUGGGUUUCAUUCGGUUCGACAAACGUGAAGAGGCCACCAGGGCCAUAAUUGCAUUGAACGGUACCACACCCACGGGUUGCACCGACCCCAUUGUGGUGAAAUUCUCCAAUACCCCGGGCAGUACAAACAAGAUAAUCCAGCCUCAGAUUCCAACCUUUUUAAAUCCCCAGCUGGUGCGACGCAUUGGUGGUGCCAUGCACACGCCCGUCAACAAGGGUCUGGCCCGUUUUUCACCCAUGGCCGGUGAUAUGUUGGACGUAAUGCUGCCCAAUGGCUUGGGUGCUGCUGCCGCCACCUCAUUGGCCACUGGGCCCGGUGGUGCUUAUCCCAUAUUCAUUUACAACUUGGCACCCGAAACCGAAGAAUCUUCGCUGUGGCAGCUAUUUGGUCCCUUUGGCGCUGUGCAAUCCGUGAAAAUUGUCAAAGACUCGUCGACCAAUCAAUGCAAAGGUUAUGGCUUUGUGUCCAUGACCAACUACGAUGAAGCAGCUAUGGCAAUAAGGGCGCUCAAUGGUUAUACUUUGGGUAAUCGAGUAUUACAAGUUAGUUUUAAGACUAACAAAAAGUAAAUUAGGCAAGAACAAAAAAACAAAACACAUACAUAACAUAAUUUAUAUAUAUAUAGUAUAUAGAAAGAACACAGAACAACAACACAUUUCUUAAGCAUACAAUAGAUGAUAACUUGUCCCCUCUAUUACUACUACUACUACUCCUCACAAACAGACACCCACAUUUAAUAAUUGCAAGUAGGAUCUGGAGUUUUAAACAAUGCAAAUGCUGACUAUUUUUCUUGCAAAAGAAAAAGGGAGGAAAGAUAUUUGGUCUCCCUCUCUCUGUUGUUUUAAAACUCUUGCCCACCUGGCAACUGGAAAUAAUGCAUGUCCUUUUUUGAAAUUUGCAUGAUUGAGGAUUCUUUUCUUAUAAAGAAAAUUGUCCUUUGCUUCUUAAAGAGAUCAACAAAAGAAAUGACAAGGCAAUAUUUUGAUGAAAGAAGUAACAAUUUUUUAUUAAAAAUAAAAAACGGAAAGAAAAACAAUUUUAACAUAUAGGCUAAAAAGAAUAAUGAAGAACGACCGAACGAUCGAAACAGCAAAAAAAGAAAGUAAAACAAACUAAAAUUUGGGAAAAGCAAGCAAAACAAGUAAAUCUUCCAAGAAAUAAAAAAACGCAUAAAUUUAAUUAAACAAAACUAUUAAGAAAGUAAAACAAUUUUCAAACACUCGCCAGUGAAAGAAAAACAAAAAAAAGAAACAUUUUUAAAAUAAUAAUUAAUAUAGAAUUUUUUCUAUAUUUAAAAAAAAAGAAGAGUUAAGAAACGAUACACACACAAACAUAGCUAUAAAGAGGCUUUUUACAGUAUUACAAGAUAUUAUGUUUUAGCAAAACAAUUGUUCAGAACAAAUUCAAAAUGAGUGAAGAAAAAGCUAGAGGCCAUCAGCAUCAUCGUCAUUAUUAUUAUUACCAUUACUAAAUUUACUGGUGAAUGUUAGAAGAAUACCUAAUUAAACAAAACUCCUUUUUAUUACUAUUAAUAUAAAUAUAAUACAAAAAAAAAAGGAAAAGAAAAAUCGAAACAAACAAAAACCAAAACUAGUUAAAAAUUAAACAAACAAAAAACUCAAAGUAACAAACAACAAUAAUUUAUGAAUAUCAUCAUAGAUCGGUUCCCCUAACCAGGAGAAUAGCAAGUAUUUAUAAUUUAAAAUGUAGCGAAAUUGGUAAAAGAAAAACACUCCGAAAUACGAAAUCCCUGGGGAGCUUUGGGUGCAAGGAAAAUUUGCAUUAGGUUUUUUUAUGGAAAACAUACAAAAAUAGUAGGGCAAAGAUAUUAAAAUUCAAAACUUUUCUUAGAUUUCUUCCUAUACAGAGGCCUAAUAAAUUUCAGAAGAAAACAUUGUUCUUAAAAAGGCUAACUGAGUUGUGAGAGAGAACGAGACCUUCCUAUCACAUUUAGAAAUAAAAAUUUGUUUCAUUGAUGAAAAUAAUACGGUUUUGAAAGUCUCUCUCUUGCUCACCCAUUGACAUAACAAAUUUUUAAAUGGAAGUCCCUUCUGGCUAAUAAAUGUUACUAGUUACUAUUCUUAAAAAAAGAGUCGUGGAAGAAAAUCUGAGUUACUUGACAGUGAGGGCCUAAGGAAAAGAAAAUGAAAAAGACUCAGUUUUCGUUAAGGAUUUUUUGGGUGACUGUCUCCCUCUAUAGAUAGAAGACCUUCUGUAAAACUGAAGUGAAAGGUCUUGCAUUGAUUCUCAAUGAAUAUAAUACCUUACCGAGAUAACGACAGCCAGGGAUAGAAACUGUUUAAACUGUUUAAGGUUUUAAAAGCGAAUGUCAAAGAACAGUUUCUCUCCCUUGCUGACCCAUAGACUUAACAAAUUUUUAAACGGAAGGCCCUUCUAGUUUAUAAAAGUUACUAGUUACUAUUCUUAAAAAAAGAGUCGUAGAAGAAAAUCCGAGUUACUUGAUAGUAAGGCCCUAAGGAAAAUAAAAUGGAAAAGACUCAGUUUUAAUUAAUGGAUUUUUUGGAAGACUGUCUCACUCUAUGGACAGAAGACCUUCUGUAAAACUAAAAUGAAAGGUCUUGCAUUGAUUCUCACUGAAUAUAAUACCUUGCCUAGAUAUCGCCAGUCAGGAAUAUAAACUAUUUAAGAUGUUAGCUUUUUCUUGCCCGCCCGCUCCCAUCUCCUCUUGGAUUUUUUUUGGGUGAAAACAAAAAGCAAACUUGAUCAUUUACAAAAUGAAGAAACAUUAUAAAGCACAAAUGUUUAUACAAUAAAUCGUAUUAUGAAAUAACAAAUAUAUAUAAUUCUUUUUAAUUGAAUUUUAUAAUUUUUCAUCUAAACUAUAGAUAUGCUUUGAGUUGCUUUGUUUUGAAAUUGCUUUUGUUUUUUUUUUCUUUUUGGUUUUUGGUAAAUACAUCUCUCCAAAAACUCCACCCUCUCUGUCCUCGUGCGCCCCCCAUGAACCAUCAGCAGCAUUUCACUGGUUUUUCUUUUGCCCCCAUCCUCCAGCAGAAGAAAAUUAGGAUUGCAUUAAAUUUUAGUUUGUUUUCUUUUUUUCAAAACUUAUUGUUAGUGUUGUUUCUUUGUUUUUUCUUACAUAGAGAUAUACAUAAAUAUUAUUAUUAAUUUCUUUUGUUGAUUUCUUUAAGUUUUUCUUUAGAGAAGAAAUUAUUAAAGUAAUUUUUCAUAUUUUAUUAUAUAGAAAAAAAAUGUAUUUAUUUUUAAUUAUAUAUAAAACUUGAUUUUUCCGAUUCUUUCUUCAAAAGGCAGGCAUUAUUUGUUUAAAGUUCAGUAAAGAAAAAAUACUUAUUUUUUAGUACCAAAAAAAGCAAAAAGGAGAAGGGAAAACAAAACAAUUAUGGCAUCAAGUUUGAAGAUCCAUCUUCUUCUUCAACCUUAAAAUGUUGGAGAAAAAUUAUUUUUAUUUUCCCUUGUCCCCAUUUGAAACAAAUUUGUAUUUCAUUAUUAGAAAAAUAUCAUUACAAAACAUCAGCGCAUAUGACCCCCCUCCUUUCUUCUCACACUCUAUUCUCUCUCAUUUAAAUGUUUAAAUAUUUACAUAUACAUAUUUAUUAUUAUACUAUUUAAUAUUUAUAAUUGAUUAUUAUGUGUAUGCGAUUUUAGUAACUUUUUUUUUAGUAUGUAUACAUAUAUAUAUUUUAAAAACAACAAUACACACACACAAUUAUAAUUUUCUUAACAAAACACUUUAGUUCUUAAGCAACCAAAAACAAAAAUAAUUUAUAUAAAAAAUUAGUAUUUAAAAAAAACAAAACGUGAGGAAAACCAACUCCCUAAUGAAAGAUACAAGAGAAAGCAAGAACAAAUCUAACAACAAAAAGUAACAAACAAAAAUCUAGUCAGUGAAAAAAAAAAAAAUAAAAUAUAAAAAUAUAUAUUUUUAAAAUUAAGUUUAAAAACCAAGCAGCUUAAUAUAUAUAUAAACAUACAAGAAAUGAAAAAAGAAAACAACUCUUGAAAAUAUCAUAGGAGUUUUUUUCAUUUUUGAACAACAUCUCUAGCUAAACGUUUUUCUUUUAAGAAAAAUAUAUAUUUUUUCAGUUUUUCAAUUUUUUUGUACACUAAUUUCUUUUUUUUUUUCUUUUUAUUUAAUUUCUUCUCAAACUUGUUGUUAUUGCAAGGAAGGAAACGUAACCUAUAUAAUCCAAAGAUUUAAAUAUUUAGUAAAAUUCUAUAUACAAAAAUAACACAAACAUAGAAGUUUUCUAUAGGGACUCGAUGAAAUAAGGGAAAAGGUUGUCAUUCAUUCAAAUUGAAUUUGAGGUUAUGUUUAAGCCAAAUUUCAAUAUUGAAGCUUUUCCAACAAAACACACGCAAAUUUUAUGUAGUAAUCAAAUUCUUUCCAUGAAUAAAUGGUAAUAUAUCAAAACAAGAAAAGUUUAAAAAUAAUAUAAACUAUUGAGGUUAUGUCCGUUAAAAAAACAUUUUUUGAAUUCAUAUGAAACAAAGACAUAAGACUUGUGUGUUCAAUUCAAGUAUUUUCAGAAAAUACUUAAGAAUACGAAAUAAAAAAAGAAAUUAAAGGAUUUCGCAUUGAAAGAAAGUCCUGGUUUUAUUGUAGCCGCAACCAAGAAUUUCUCAAAUUAUGGCAUAAUGUGGAAAAGAAUUCUUGAAAAACUCAAUUUUUUUCUGAAAACAUUUUUCACGUGGUGUUUAACUAAAGAAAGAAUUUUACAUGAAAAAAGUAACAGAAAAAAUUCACAAAUUAUGUAUACAUUCUGGAAUUCAUGUUCAUUCCAGUAAAGAAUUAAAGUAUUUUCAAAAUGUUUUCAAAAAAAUGUUAACCCUAAAAAUCAUUAACAAAUUUAAUUCUUUCUUUAAUUUUUUUCUUAAAUUUAGAAAAUAGAACAUUAUUUUGUACUCAAUUCAAAUAAUUUCAUAAAUUAAUAAGGACUAUGGCAAGUUUUUUCGUUAUUAAUAUAACUUCAAAAAAUUGUUUUAAAAAAUUGAGGUUACGUUAAACAAAUUAAUUUUUUUUGGCUUCAAAUUAUGCAAAAUGUUCAUAUAUUAAACACAAUUACUUCAAAUUUCGUAAACUGCUACAAAAUAUGGUUGCAAUUUUCCUAAAAAGCCCAAAAAUAUUGAUAACAAUUUUUGAGGUUAUGUUGAACAGAAUUUAAUUUUUCGUAAUAAACCUAUUAUAUUAUAGAAUAUUACACAUACGGAAAUAUAUUUAUGAAAAAAUAAAGCAAUAUCAAAAUUUUAAGGUUUAGAUUUUUAAGAUUUUUUCCAAAAAAAUAUAUCUCAUUUUUUGAGGUUAUGUUGAAUUUUUUUCCUUAUUUUUCAAAAUAAGGUAAAAUUUUAAGGUUUUGCUACAAAUAUGAGUUCUGUGACAAACAAUUCGGUAUAAUUAAAAAACUAAAAUUCAAGACCUACCUCCGAAAGUGCGAUAUAAAGAAGACAUCAUAACCUCAAAUAGACAAAAGCGUUUUUUUGAAUGAAAACCCUUUCCCACUAUCAUCGAGACCCAAAUUAUAUAAAAAUCAACUAUUCGUAUAUAGUCGAAAAGAGAAGAGUAUAGAUUUUUUUAAUAAAAUACUUUUCAAUACUUCUUUUUGUUGUAAAACACAAAACCUAACCUAAAAAAAUAAUGCAAGCUAAUGAAAUUAUGAAAUUAGUAAUGAAAACUAACUAAGAUAAUAACGAGAACACAUAUACACACACAAAUUUCUGUGCAAUAGAAGAAAUGAAAUGUAACAAAUGAAGGCAAAUUGCAAAUUUUUUUAAUAAGAAAAUUAGGUAUCUCAUUUUUAUACAAAAAACAAUUGCUAACAAUUUUUAUGUAAAUAUAUAUAUUUAUGACAAAAAUAUAUUUUAAUUUUUUUCUUUUUUCAUUAUCUUAUAUUUAAAAAAAAAAACUUAUUUAUUACACAUUUUAUGUAUUAAGAAAUGAAAGAAAAAAAAACAAAACAA